AUGUCCUCAAUGACUUGGAACCGCUGCGGCCGCCAGGCCUCGAGGCUGCUCUUGGCUGGAGACGCUCUGAGAGCUCCAGCAGCUGCUCGACGCCCCUCACAUCUGAUAGAGCGUCUUGCCCCCGGUGCAGCCCUGCAGAGGCGCCAUGUUUCUGACAGCCAGGAUGGACAGCAUCAGCUGCUCUCCACCCACCUCGAGGAAGCCGACCCCACAGUCUACAAUAUCCUGCAAAAGGAGAAAAGACGACAGAAACAUUUCAUCAACUUGAUCCCGUCAGAGAACUUUACCUCUCAGGCGGUGCUAGAUGCUCUCGGCAGUGUCAUGCAAAAUAAGUAUUCAGAAGGAUAUCCCGGAGCUCGGUAUUACGGCGGAAACGAGUUUAUCGACGAAGCGGAAUCGCUGUGCCAGAAGCGUGCCCUCGAGUCUUUCAGAUUGGACCCGGAGGAGUGGGGAGUCAACGUACAAGCUUUGUCCGGCUCGCCCGCCAACUUGUAUGCCUAUUCGGCGCUGCUGAACGUACACGAUCGUCUGAUGGGUCUGGAUCUGCCCCAUGGCGGCCACCUGUCACACGGCUACCAAACACCGACGAAGAAGAUUUCCUUUGUUUCAAAAUACUUUGAGACUGUUCCAUACCGCCUCGACGAAUCGACGGGCCUCAUCAACUACGACCAACUGGAAGAGCUGGCGCAGAUCUACCGGCCCAAACUGAUCGUGGCUGGCACGUCUGCCUACAGUCGGCUAAUUGACUACACCAGGAUGCGCCAAGUGGCCGACUCGGUCGGAGCGUAUCUGCUGAGUGACAUGGCCCAUAUCUCUGGCCUUGUCGCUGCCGACGUGAUCCCGUCGCCGUUCCCUCACUCGGAUGUAGUCACGACAACCACGCACAAGUCCCUGCGCGGUCCUCGCGGCGCCAUGAUCUUCUACCGAAAGGGCGUUCGCCGCACAGACAAAAAGGGCAACAAGGAGCUAUACGAUCUUGAGGGGCCUAUCAAUGCAUCCGUCUUCCCGGGCCACCAGGGCGGUCCUCACAACCACACCAUCACGGCACUGGCAGUGGCCCUUGCACAAACCCAGACCAAGGAUUUCAAGGCGUACCAGCAGACCGUGCUGGCCAACGCACAGGCUCUGGCCCAGCGACUGGGCAAUUCAGUCAAGGACGGUGGUCUCGGAUACAAUAUUGUUUCUGGCGGCACCGACAACCAUCUGGUUCUGGUCGACCUCAAGAACCGCGGCGUCGACGGGGCGCGCGUCGAGCGUGUCCUCGAGCUCUGCGGCGUCGCUGCCAACAAGAACACAGUCCCAGGCGACAAAUCAGCCCUGAAGCCCGGCGGUCUGCGUCUGGGAACACCGGCCAUGACAUCUCGCGGAUUCCAACCCGAGGACUUUGGCCGCGUGGGCGGCAUCGUCGACCGCGCAGUCACAAUCACCCAGAAACUCGACAAGGCAGCGCGCGAAAGCGCCGAGGCCAAGGGCCGCAAGAACCCGGGCAACGUCAAGGCGUUUAUCGAGUACGUCGGCAACGGUGACGACAUUUCAGAGAUUGUGCAGUUGAAAAAGGAAGUCGAGGACUGGGUUGGGACGUUUAGCAUCCCAUGGAGGGAAUAG